GUUCGACUUGACUUGGUCGUGCAGAAGGCGCGGUUCUGAACUCUACGAUACCCGACGCACACUAUAAACUCUGCAAACUAUGUCUGGGUCUCCGCGCAAGCCGCUGCGCAAGUCCUCGUCGUUGGUGCUCAAUGAGCCCGACCCUGGCAAGCUCAAGGCGAAGGCGACGCGCGUGUUUCCGAGUCCGCUGGUGCCGAAGGGAGGCGGGGAGGAGGUACCGGAUAGUGAGGAGGAAAGACUGAACUAUCGAAGCGAGACGGAGACGGAGGAGUCAGAGGCGGAGGUAGCCAGGACAAUCAAGUAUGUGUCGGACGUGAUCGAGAUAUCCUCGGAUGAGGACGAGGAAGAGGAGCCCAGGCCGACGCGGCCUCGAACCAAGGCUCCCAGUCCCCCAACACCGAGGAAGAAGUAUCCCCUCGGUGGUCUCGGGAAGCCCAGCGUCCGCCAGGGAUCUCCUACGAAGGGUCGCGAGGUCAGCAUCACCUCGCAUGGGUCCGACGAGGAGAUAGUGGAGUCCGAGCCGGAGGAACAAGGCUCCAGCCGUAUCAAGUUCCUCCCUUUGUUCCUCGACGACUCCGACGAGGAGCAGAGUGUCGCGCCGCGCGAGGAGACCGUUGAGUCCGACGAUGAAUGGGACGACUCGGAGGCGAUUCUGCAUGUCGAUACUCCCAAAGCGAAGCGCACGCUGAAACGCCCCGUCAGCAUCAGUCCGACGCGUCCUUCACCUUCACCAUUUCCCUCGGUUCGACCUAUUGAUCCCUUCGACCGUCUGCCUACGACCUCCCAACCUACUACUGCACCUUCCACUUCCAAAGCCAAGCCUCCUAUACCUCAUUUCAAGUGGCCCGUACUUCCUGAUGAGCCCGCCGCGUCCUCGUCUACCAAGCGGCCCUCGUCCCCUUCUAAAUCCCGCGCCACCUCCCCUUCCAAAUCACGGUCCAUUUCCCCCUCGAAGUCUAGCUCUACAUCCCCUACCAAAUCCUCUCCCGACAAAGCUGGUCCCUCUCGCCCCACCUCCCCCACGAAACGUCCGCCCUCCCCUCGCAAGCCCACCCAAAAGGCCCUGCGUGAAGCCGAGGCCGCGCGGCGCGCCGCCUACGCGCAAGACAUAUUCACCCAGCUCAACGCGCAGGUGUUCAAGGGUGGCUUACCACCGGAGACGCCGCUGGUGUGGAAUGCGAAGAUGACGAGCACGGCGGGGCGGGCGAGGUAUCAUAGGAACUCGGAAGGUCAAGUAGUCACCUGCAUCGAGCUGGCGACGAAGAUCUUGGACAGGGAUGAACGCAUCCGCUACACUCUCGCGCACGAAAUGUGCCACCUCGCGACGUGGAUCAUCGACAAGGAUCUGGCAAGCAAUCAUGACAAGUUGUUUUGGAAGUGGGGCCGGCGGGUUAUGGCAAAACGAUCUGACAUCGAAAUCUCGACGACGCACAGCUACGAGAUCAAUCACAAGUAUCGGUGGCAAUGCUGCAACACGUCCUGUGGGAAGAUCUUCGGCCGCUUCUCCAAGUCCAUCAAGGUCGAGACGCAGUUCUGCGGCUGUGGUGGCAAGCUCGAGCCGCUCUUCACCACCCGAUCACAUACGCCGCGCGACCCGGACACGCCCAAGUCGAGCAGGCAGGCGGUGGCGAGGGGGCAAGGCGGCUCGGCGGUCAAGCGGACGGUCGAAACCAUCCGGGUCAAAAAGACAACUUCGGUGUCCACCGCAUCGAAGACCACGCCCACAUCCACUUCGUCGAAGACCAUGCCCGGCGGCGUCAUCGACCUCUGCGACUCGGGCGACGAAGACAGCGACGACGGAGUCGAGAUCGUGACGGAGUCGCUGGGGAAGACGACGAUUGUUUGAGGAGAUGAGUUUUGGUGGAAGGAGGUUUUAGAUGCAAGGGGGUCAUCUGGGGUCGCGCAGGAGGAGAUGGAGACAGAUUUGUAUGAAGGUAAUUCUGAUCUAGUACAGCCCAAUAGUCGCACAUACCUUACUAUCUAGUAAUUGUGAACCUUUCUUGGUUAUGUUGUUGGUCACUUGGCGUAAUUCAGACGGACCUCAGAUCAG